CAUCCAACAAUCAGUAGAGCGCUGGAAACGAACGCGUGCAGUUUGGAUUUUUGAUUUUUGGCCCAAAUAGUGGAAUCAAUCAAACGAAACAAAAAAUCCAAAUUAAAUUGUAGAUUCUUCUAUCCAUAGUGUUUGCCACAGUGAAAUGAUAGUAUCUCUUUGCCAAUUCUACUGAGGAGAGGACCGCCGGUGGAACGUGUUGUUUGGCAACACGAAAAUUUAUGCCAUUAGUUUUGUCCAUAAAAAGCGAAAACCGUAAACAGAAAACAGAAAACCGAACCGAAACCGGGCCGAAACGGAGAAAGACAUCAUAUUGAAUUUAUGGUAUAGGUGCAGCGUGUCGCUGUCCCCCCACUCGGCAUUGGGGACUGUGCGGAUAUAUAUCGUAUUGUGUCGUAUCGAGGGGCCCGUGCCGGUGCCCGUUGUCAGGGUGUGACACGACACAGUUUUGGGCUGCGUCGGCGCCGACUUGCACGUGGCAGUGCCGUCUACCUUUCGCCGUUGCCGUUGCCUUUGCCUUUGCCUUUGCCAUUGCCUUUGCCGUGGCCUUUGCUUUUGCCUUCUCAAUCGCCAUCUCCUUGCUUGUGUGCUCGUGUCCUUUGGUUGUUGUCUUACCUUGUUACAAUUACCGUUAUCGCUUGCUCUCUGCUCUCCCUCCCAGUGUGGGGUGGGGCGAGUGUGAUUGCCUUUGUCCACCUCGAAACGAAUGAACGAUUCCGACCCGGUCGCCGUGCGGGUGCUCCGUGCAGCAGUAGGGCUCUGAAGGUUCCAGGCUGCUCGUGUCGUGGGAAUACUGCGGAUGAUAAUUGAAUUUUCUUUGCGGCUGCUUUUGUGAAAAUCUCCUAAUUGGAAAUUUGUUAUUUGAAUUCGAUGAACUGUGAAAACGAAACAAAAACUUCAAAUUGAAAUUGCCGCAGCACAAAGGCUAUGGAAAAUUGAAAAUGUCCUCCAACUUCUGUCAUUCCAUCAAAGUGCCAUCAAAGUGAAAUGUAAAAAUCUUUAGAAACACCAAAGGACCUACAAUUGCAAAAUGGAGAACAUAACGAUAUCAUUAUCGAAUAUCACGAACGGCAGUGCCGGGAGUGUCACCCCGGCGCCCUUCUUCUCCGAGGAGGAUCGGAAAUCCAUCGAGGACACUGUCCGCUGGCUGGUGCCGUUCUUCUUUGGGAUCAUCGCCGUGACAGGUUUCUUUGGAAAUCUGCUGGUCAUCAUGGUGGUGGUGGUCAACAAGAACAUGCGCUCGACCACCAAUCUACUGAUCCUAAAUCUGGCCGUAUCGGAUCUCCUCUUCGUGAUCAUCUGCAUCCCGUUCACGGCCACCGAUUACAUCACCCAGCGUUGGCCGUUUGGCAACUUCUGGUGCCGCACCACCCAGUAUCUGAUUGUGGUGACGGCCUUCGCCUCGAUCUACACGCUGGUCCUGAUGUCCAUCGAUCGCUUCCUGGCCGUCGUACAUCCCAUACGCUCCCGGAUGCUGCGCACGGAGCACAUCACCAUGAUAGCCAUCUUUACCCUUUGGACUGUGGUGCUGACCAUCUCCAUGCCGGUCACCUUUGCCCACGAUGUGAUGGUUCACUACGAUAACACUUCCAACAUCACCUAUGCCCUGUGCCGGUUUAAGGAUAACGAUCUGCUGGAUGCCAGCACCUUCCAGCUGAGCUUCUUCAUCAGCACGUAUCUGCUGCCCCUGAUGAUCAUCAGCGGACUGUAUGUGCGCAUGAUCACGCGUCUCUGGCGACAGGGCAGCGGCGUGCGCAUGUCCAAGGAGUCGCAGCGAGGCCGCAAGCGGGUCACCCGGCUCGUCGUGGUGGUGGUCAUAGCCUUUGCCUCGCUCUGGCUGCCUGUGCAACUCAUAUUGCUGCUCAAGGCAUUGGAUGUCUAUGAGGCCGAUAGCCUGCUCUCCAUCAUCAUCCAGAUUUGUGCCCAGACAUUGGCGUACAGCAGCUCCUGCAUCAAUCCGUUGCUCUACGCCUUUCUCUCAGAGAAUUUCCGCAAGGCCUUCUACAAGAUGGUCGGCUCGAGCUGGCUGUCCUUCCUCAUCCAAAAACCCCUGAAUAAUGCAGCAUCAGGAGAGCACCAGCAAGGAGAAAACACUUUCGAAUCUAUUACAGCCAUUAACUGUUCGCCCCGAUAUCAGAACUACACAUCUGAUUUGCCGCCGCCUCGCAAGACGUCCUGUGGCAGGACCUCCACUACGGGAAUGUAAGCGACACCGAGGAAAGCAGUAUCCUGCGAUAUGAUUGACCGACGGCUGACAAUUGAGUGAGGCCAGUGGAAUCGGCUUCUUGAUGAAGUCGAUUGUUGAUCUGGACACAUGUGCCCUUAAUUAGCGACCAAGGGACCAAAGCUAUCAUCGGGCACAGUAUUAUGAGCGCUCUUCGAUUGGCUAGAGUUAAGUCCAUUCUUGUACAUAGCACCGUAGCUUAGUAGAUUGUAUUCGUGUCCUAGAAGGAUAUUAUACUUAUGGCACAGGAAUAUUCGGUG